AGCUAACGUUUGGAGUCUCACAAUUAUCUCCUUGCCCGCGAGAAAAAGAAAGAAAAAAAAAAACUAUCUCCUGGCCUGCGAAGCCAUGGCGGAUGCGCCGGCGAUGCCCUCGUCACCACCGGCGUCCGCUGGCAACGGCGAUCCAUCCUCGCCUUCCGUACCCGUCCCUCGUGUGCUCCCCUCCACAAUGCUCCUUGACAACCCGCCUCCUUCCAGCGGUAGGGCGCGGGGCCCGCGCGGCGGCAGGGCGGCUGCGGCGUCGGGGAGCGGCGGGCGAGGUGGCGGCAGGGGGACGAAGUCCACUUUGACGGUUGCGACUUCAUACGGUACAGAUGGGAGGAAGCCGGACCGGCUCGUCGAGGCGGUUAAGAAGGUGCCGACAGACGUGGACGCGGGACUGGCAUCCGCCGACAUUCUGCAGCUGGCGUUGGCGAAGGGGCCUAUGUUCGAGUGGCUGAGCUACUGGCCGGAGAAGGGGUUCCGCAAGGAAGAUCACCCCUACUGACGCACGGUGCGUUUCCUCUGCUAGCUGCCUGAAGAAAUGCAUCUCAGGUUUGACUGGCAAUAUCUGCAACAGCACCAGGACCAUAUGGGAGGAAAACUGCAGAAGAUUUGGAUGCUACACCAAUUUCUUUCAUGGUGCCAAAAUCCAUGACAUCCUUAGCUGAAGUCCCAGUCACGUUGCCACUAAAGCCAAGUACACUAUCUCUUAGCCCAUCAACUAUGGCUUGUCGCCGUGCAAUUCCUAGACCAGAGAGAUACUUGGCUUCAGCCUCACCCUCAGCCCUUUUGAUCUGAAUGAUUUUCUCUGCCUCUGCCUUCUCAUUUGCCGCAACACGCAGUCUUGCAGCUGAAGAAAAGGAAAAAUUGGUUAGUGGUAGAAAUGAAACUGCACUAUAUUACUGUGAUAUCAAUGUUUGAUUAAUUUAUGGCUCGUUACAAACCAGUAUGAAGAUUUUAGAUGGAUGAUCAAUUGCUAAGUUCUUCAAGUUCUAGCAGCUCUUCAUGUUGAAAUGUACUUCCUUUGUUUCAAAUAUAAAGUGCGGUUUGACUUGGCACAA